AUGUUGCAUAAACAAGUAGUAGCCAUACCUCCCGGCGCCGACAUCUAUACCACAGAUGGCAAUAAACAGACACUAUUUGCAAACCAAAGUAUUUACGAAAUCAAUACUAAAGUCCAUUACUUCUGUAGCGAUCAAAGCGCUGUAUUAGUGGGCAAUAAAGUACGGCACUGUCAGUACGGACACUGGAUCGGUGCUGUACCCCAAUGUGCUUUUAUUCACGACAAAACCAUCUAUGACAUCAAUAAAAGCAACGAAAGUCACCAUGUUCAUAUUACUAAUGCUACUGAUGUCGCAAGUAUCACUCAAAUUAUUGGCACCGAAUUCAGACGAGUCAGAGGCCAAUCGCCGGCCAACGGGUGCUUCACAUUAGAUUCGGGAAACUUUUACAACACAUUUAUCACAUCACUUAUACGGCCGGCGAUUAUUGAUUUCAUACGCAUACGAAUCUACUCAAACACGUUGAAAAAAUUUGGACCACAAGGGUUUGACAUGCAGUUCACUUUAUUGACCGGAACCGAUCAAUUCACCCAUAUGUGCCUAACCUCUGAAAUUGACCGCUCGGUUACCUCGUUAUAUCACUUUGAUAUGGAUUGUGGUAAACCGGAUGAGCCUCUGGUCAUGGAUGUCAUUAAGACCGGUAAAGCUAGUCAUAAAUAUGAAUGUAAUGAUAAUAGAUAUACGCUAUACGGAGCCCACACUGUUGAGUGCGGUCCCAAUGGCCAGUGGCUAAACCCCUUUCCCCGAUGUGUACCCAAAACAUACUGCAAAACAUCUGAUAUUGAUAUUUCAGUUAACAGUAGCCUAGAAAUAAAGUAUACUAAUAAUAUUACUGUUGAUGAUGGUAAUCGGGACAUACUAUACGUGCCCAAUGGCCUGUUUGUUAAUCUAUCAUGUGGUGAUAACUAUGAUAACCUAAAUGGAAAUGAAAACGGUAUUUAUGAGUUGAGUGGUCCGCCAGUCAUAUACUGUAAUAAUAGCCAAUGGGUUAGACUGACCACCGGUUACGACAAUACAAGCGCUGUUUGUGUGUUUGUCAACGAAACUGAAAUUUUGGCUCAAGACAUACGGUCGCGAACACUACAGUCCAACUCAUCGACACUGAUCUAUACAUUCACUACAAUACUAUUGUUGUGUAUAAUAAUAAUCAUUACAUUAAUUGUAUUCACGAUUCGGUCUAACCGUAAGAAUGAGGAGAAGAGGAGGAAUGCGAGAAAAUCGGUGCUCACUGUUCAGAAUAUCUACGAUUUUCAAUCAAAUAUGUGUUUAUCGCAAAAUUGUUACGACUUGAAUGACCGAACGUGUUAUUGCGGUUCACCGGCCAUUCCAGUCGAUGCCUCUAUUUAUAUCACAACCGGCAAAAAGUCCUCACAAUUGGACAACGAGUAUAACUAUAGACAUAAUUUUAAAGUGCAUUACAAUUGUAAAUAUAAAAACUCAACAUUAGUGGGCAAUAAUGUACGGCACUGUCGAUACGGACAUUGGACGGGUGAUGUACCCCGAUGUGCCAUUGCUUACGACACAAAUACUUAUCAUCUAAAUAAACUCAAUUCAACGCAAACAACAAGUGAUGCGAAAAACACUGAAACCUUUAACUCAAAACAAUCGGAAACCGGUUCGCCGGCGCCCACCGACUGCCUGGCCUGGGAUGAGACCGGUUUUACUACAACACUAUCACAGCCGACGCUAAUUAAUUACAUACGGUUACGAUUGUACUCAACCCUAUUGAAAAGGCUCGCAAAGCGGCGUAAUGUCAUCACAUUUUGGGCAUCACUAGUAAAGGCAUACGGCGUUGUGUCGUGUCGUACGAUCGCAACUUAUCUUACGGUUGGUGACGGCUUUCUGACCGUUGACUUUGAGUGCACUCAACGCAAUCAUACGCUGAGUAAACAGAUUUACUUUUACGUCAGUUUCGAGAAUGGAUUUCAAGAUAUUUAUCACAGAUUUCCCGAUAAGUCCGAUGUCUCAACGUUUAUGACAUGCGAUAUAAAGCUCUAUCACUUUAACCCCAAUUGCGGUCAACCCGAGGAACCGCUGCUCAUGGAUGUAGUGUCCGGCGGACGUAAUGGCGGUUAUAAAUACAAGUGUAAUGACGAUAGAUAUACGCUAUACGGAGCCCACACUGUCGAGUGCGGUCCCAAUGGCCAGUGGCUGAACCCCUUUCCCCGAUGUGUACCCAAAACAUACUGUAAAACAUCCGAUAUUAAUAUACCAGUAAAUAGUGGUUUAGACAUUAUUAACACCGAGAAUAUUACAGUUAAUGAUGGGCCGACACGUGUUAAUUGUAUUAAUCGUGAAUGGGUUGGAUUGACGGCCGGUGACAAUACAACUGCUGUUUGCGAGUUUGUCAACAAAACUGAAGACAAUAUACAGACAGUAUCGACAACUUACCACAAGAGGAGGUAUGAAAGGAAAGGGGCUCUCAGUAUAAAACAGGCUCAAUAUGAUGACAGUCUGUCUAUUGAUCCGGAUUUAAACCAUGUUUACGAUUACGCAGAUUUUGGACAACCCGAGUGUAUUUGGUCGGCCACUGACCUGACACAGGCUAGUGAUGGCUAUAUGACCGUCGAGUUUGACUGCAAUCAAACGAUAGGUGCGGUCAAAGACUUUAAAUUUAUUGUUUUUCACUUUAACCUCGAUUGUGGUCAACCGGAUAAACCUCUUGGUAUGGAUGUAAUGAUGAAUAGCACCGGUAAUGGUGUUUAUAAAUACAAGUGUAAUGACGAUAGAUAUACGCUAUACGGAGCCCAUACUAGUGUCGGUAAAGUGAAUCAUGUUUCACGUGAUUCACGCUCACUCACGCUCACGGGCCGUGAUCCCCAUACUGUCGAGUGCGGUCCCAAUGGCCAGUGGGUGAACCCUUUUCCCCGAUGUGUACCCAAAACCUAUUGUCAAAAAUCCGAUAUUGAUAUAUCAGUAAACACUGGUUUAAAGAUUAGUUAUCCUGAUGAAAUUAAGGUUAAUGAUGGUAAUCGGAAAAUAAUAUAUGUGCCCAAUGGACUGUACGCUAAUCUAUCAUGUGAACAAACCAAACAAAAUGAUGGUAACUAUAAUAACAAAACUGUUAAUGAAAACGGGAGGUAUGAAGUGAUCGGUCCGACAGAGAUAUACUGUAAUAACAGCCAAUGGGUUGGACUGACCACAACUGGUGACAAUUCAACCUCUUCUCAUAACAAGAAGAGGGCGGAGAAGACUAGGAAUGCGAGAAAAUCAGUGCUCAUUGCCAUACCUCCCGGAGCCAACAUCUACACCAUAGACGGCAAUAACCAGACAAUAAUUGGCAACAAAAGUAAUUACGAAAACAAUAUUAAAGUGCAUUACGUUUGUAGGGAUGAAAACGCUAUACUAAUGGGUAAUAAAGUGCGCCAAUGCUAUUACGGCCAUUGGACGGGUGAUGUACCGCAAUGUGCCAUCGCUUAUGACAAAGAUACUUAUCGUAUGAAUAAAUUCAAUAAAACUCACCUAGUUUAUAUGACCAAUUCGGCCAAUAUAAUGAACGACACGGAAUAUAUUGCGGAGAGGGAUGUCAUACGAAAAAUACAGUAUCGAAAUCACUGCUUACCAAUUGAUGUGGACGGCAAUCUGGCCUCGUUUUGCACAACAAUUACCACGACCAAAAUUGUUUACGUACGCUAUCGAAUAUACUCAAACAUGUUGAAACAAGUUGGACACCAAGGGCUGAGCUUAGUAUUCAUCGCAAAAGUAUCCGCAUUGGGUUACGGCCGACAAGAAUGCAUUCGGUCGGCCACUGACCUGACACAUGGCAGUGAUGGCUAUAUGACCGUCGAGUUUAACUGCAAUCAAACCAAAUAUACGGUCGCAGAAAAAAUUAUUUUAUAUACUCUAUACGGAGCCCACACGGUUGAGUGCGGUCCCAAUGGCCAGUGGCUGAACCAUUUUCCCCGAUGUGUACCCAAAUCAUACUGUAAUACACUUGAUAUUAAUAUAUCAACAAACAAUGGUUUGGAGAUUAGUUACCUUGAGAAUAUUACUGUUAAUGAUGGGAAUCGAGAUAUAGUAUACGUACCCAAUGGCUUGUACGCCAAUCUAUCAUGUGGUCAAUACAAACACAAUGAUAAUAACUAUAAAAAUUCAACGCGUAAUGAAAAAGGGAUGUAUGAAGUGAUGGGACUGACAGAGAUAUACUGUAAUAACAGCCAAUGGGUUGGACUGACAGCCGAUUACGACAAUACAACCACUUCUUACCACAAGAAGAGGGCGGAGAAUAAGAGGAAUGCAACAAAAUCAGAGCUCAAUAUAUAUGACGACAACCUGUUUGUUGAUCCGGAUUUAGACAAUGUUUACGAGUAUGAAGAUUAUGAAAAGAUCUAUGAAUACGACACCAUUACAGCGCCGGUCGACGAAUAUAAACAUGUGUUUUAUGUCUGCGAAGGAGGGACUGAAUUAGUGGGCAAUAAUGUGCGACAUUGUUGGAACGGAUACUGGAUCGGUAAUGUACCAAGAUGUGAUGGGAGCCGAUUGCCGGCGCCCGACGGCUGUAAGCCAUGGGAUACGGAUGGCUUGAGGCGCGUGUUUGGCACAGAUUUAAAGGGCGGUUAUGGCGUCGAUUAUAUACGGAUCAAAGUUUAUUCAGUGGCGUUGAAAACACGCCGACAACAAGCGAUUGGCUAUAGAUUUAGGGCAUCACUGAAUAAUGAGGCGCAAGAGUGUCGACUGUCCCGUACAGACCAGUCGGCGGCGGCCGAUGGCUAUCUGGGCGUUGAGUUUGAGUGCAUUCAUAGCAAGCAAUCGCCGACUCAACGCAUUUACUUUGGCGUCGGUUUUGACGGCGAGUCACAAAAUUUUUACCGUAACUUUCAACGGAUAGCCGACGACUCGGAUCUUUCGAUAUGCGAUCUAAAUCUGUAUUAUUUUAUUGGUUCUUGCGGUGAACCCGACAGACCCCUCGCCAUGGAAGAGUGUAAACAUAAUUAUACGCUAUACGGGCACCAGACGGUUAAGUGUGGUCCCAAUGGCCAGUGGCUGAACCCCUUUCCCCGAUGUGUACCCAAAACAUACUGCAAAACAUCCGACAUUAAGGGUCCGACAGAGAUAUACUGUAAUAAUAGUCAAUGGUUGGGACUAAACACCAUUCGUGACAAUAUAACCACUUUUUGCGAGUUUGUCAACAAAACAGAUUCUUACCAUAAGAAACGGGAGGAGAAGAGGAAGAAUGCAACAAAACAGGAAUUUAAUAUACAUGACGACAUCUAUUGCCUGCAUACGUCUGUAUACAUCUUAUAA